AUGGCAUCCCUUUGCGCUGCUGGCGCGCUCGCCCUUCUCCUGCUGGUGACUGUGGCCCACGCACAGGACAUCUGCACGCAGCCUUCGACCACUUAUCUGGCGGCCAAUUCCAAGACCGUCAUUCACGGCGUCUUCUCCCCAACCUUUGCGCCUGUGGCCCAUGUGAAGUCUGGCGACACUCUGGUUGCUGAGUGCGUUACCACCAACUCCAACGCCGACUACCCCAAGUUCGUGAAAGGUGACCCUGGCGUGGAGGACAUUUUCUACUGGCCCAACGGAGUGUCUAAGCUCAACAAAUCAGUUCCCCAGUAUCCCAAUUCGGGGGGGCACUUCCUGACCGGGCCGGUCCAAGUCUGUGGCGCGGAGCCUGGUGACGUGCUCAAGGUCGAGAUUCUGGACGUUGUUCCCCGCCCGAACCCUUCCACCGGGCGCACGUGGGGCAUGAACUACCAGGGCGCGUCCUACACCAAGGACUAUAUUGGCACCCGGUUCGGCGACUACAACUUUACGCAGGACAACUACACGCAGAUCGUCUACGAAGUGCUCUCGGACGAGUUUGGCGACUGGGUGGAGCCUGUUUACAUGGUUGAGGUCCCCAAGUACAUCGGACCGGACGGAAAGGACGGAACGUUCUUCAACGGAAGCGUCGCCAUGAUGCCGUUCCCCACGAACGUCGGCGUGCCGCCGGCAGAUUUCGUGCCCUCGCUGUUCCAGGAUCCUCGCACGUUUCCUGCCGAGAACGUGACGUAUCCUCCGGGUUUCCAGUCGUCUCUUGCCGACGGCGCCACACUCAAGUACAUUGACACGGCGACCCUCAACUGGCGGGUGCCUCAAAGGCAGCACUAUGGCGUCUUUGGUGUGACCCCCGCUAACGCGGCCAAAUAUCAAGCGACGGCCGUGAACGGCUCCCUGGGCGCGGGUUCCGCUCCGCCCUCCAAGUUCGGCGGAAACAUGGACCAGAUCCGCGUUGCCAAGGGAACGACCGUCUACCUCACCGUCCAGAUCCCCGGGGCUGGGUGGACAUUCGGCGACUGCCACGCGGCGGAAGGCGACGGCGAGACCUCCAGUUCUGCGGUUGAGGCUUCCAACACCGGAACGUUCCGCUUCACGCUGAUCAAGAAGGCGGACCUGACCCCCGGUCUGGCCAGCCUGACGGGACCGCUUCUGGAGACGAAGGAAUACUUCCACCUCCAGGGCUUCUCUUACGAGGACUACAUUGAGGAGGUUCCGGUUCCGUCCAAGGUCGGCAACGCCUCCCUCGGCGAGGACCUCAACAAGCCCAUGAGGACUGCUACAGGGAAACUCGCAACUUCCAAUUUCGUUCUCCCUGUUCCGGUUCCGUCCAAGGUCGGCAACGCCUCCCUCGGCGAGGACCUGAACAAGCCCAUGAAGGACUGCUACAAGAAGACGCGCAACUUCCUGAUGGACUCGUUCAACCUAGAGGAGCGCGAAACGCUCGCGCUCAUGUCCGUCGGCGUCGAUUUCGGCAUCACCGAGGUGGUGGACGGCGUCUGGGGCAUUCAUUCCACCAUCCCCAAGUUGGCCUUCUCCCGCCGUUACGCGACCAAGACCCAGGGGAACACCCCGGUUGGUGGACCCAUCAGCCUCCGCAAGCUGCAGAGCGCAAAGCCAAGUGCCCGGGAGGUGUUCAACCCGACCUACGACGAGCUGGUGGAGGCGUACACCAAGAUGCACGGGGAGGUCUCCUUCAACCGGGGCCCCCGCAACUAGAUUCGCGGGUUAAACAAACCCGGCAGAGUCGUGACACGAAUUGGCGGGUUACCGAAAGCUCAGGGUGACAAUUCGCGGGUUAGUGCGACCGCGUUUGCGUCACUGCGAUGGCUUGGACGAAACCGUGGGGCAAGUAUGUGUAGGUUGGUUAUUGGUGAUUUUAUCGUUUCGCAUGCACGAAAAGUUCGGUGUAAAUAGGCAGGGUAGGCAAUUGAAAGUAGUUAAAUACUCUAGACAAGGUUACCUCUCUCUUCGUCAGAACGCAAUGGCCGCCGAAAAGGCAAGCUGUUCAGGUCAGUCAUUGUUACGUACGUCGGACGGCAGAUACGCUAAAGUAAACGCUCAUAUCCUAUAGCCCUGUCUGCGAGCUUGAAGACGUGCGCUUGAGAUCGAUAUGUUCCAGAUCGUCGAUUCUGGUUUAGCGGGUGCACUACUGGAUAGAAGUCAGAAGAGUAAAGUUAGCAAGGUCGUAUAUUGCACGUCAGGAUAAGUCAAGGACAUUCUAGCAUUUAUGAAUAUUGAUGCAGUCACGAUGGGAAGUACACCGGAACCGCAGGUAGGAACCGGCCGUUCUGUCCAGUGAGUCCCUUUCGUGAAUCGGG